AUGCCAUUAUUCAGGGAAUCUAGUUUCCUAGUUGUCCAUCCUGGGUCACAAUAUACUAUAUUUUCGUUUGGUUUACAGGAUCCAUUAUCUCCACCUCAAUAUAAAAUUCCAUCUGUAGUUUAUCAAGAUCCUAAUACUAGAGAAUACAAAUCGAAAAAGAAUGAAGGUGAAGAAUUGAUCGAAGUACAUCCGAUCAAAGAAAGCAAGAUUAUCGAUUUAGAUGCGUUCAACUAUUUAUUAAAGAUCAUAUUGCAAAGUGUUAUCACUAACAACCCAGUUGUUACUAUUAAUCAAAUUCCGUUACUACUCAUAGCACCAUCUUUGGCGUGGUCAAGAUCUAACAUUGAGUACGUGACAAAAUACGUGAUUGAAUCUUUAGAGUUCACGGCAUUUAAUAUUAUAGACUUGUCAAUUGCGUGCAACUUUGGUAUGGGUUCGUCCGCCAGUUCGUGUGUCGUGAAUGUGGGACACGAGUCAUGUCAAAUAAUGCCGGUUAUUGGAUAUCAAAGUAUUAAGUACGCGGGAACAUAUUUGAACGGAGUUGGGGGUAAAACUAUAAAUGAAGAAGUACAAAAGUUGUUGCCUAAUUUAAGUAAUAAACAAAUUGAUGCCUUAAAAACAUCAGGAAUUUUUGAAGCAGUUAAUGAUCACGAUUCCUCAUUCUACUCUGUUGCUGAUCUAAACACGAUUGGUGAGAAUAAUGAAGAGGAAGAAGACUUUGACGUGGCCAAAAUAGUUACUGAGCAAAAUGGCAAUUUGCCUAAAAGCGACCCUGGAGCGAAUGAAGGUGAAGAAAAGAAGCAAGACGAAAAGUCAAAUAGUGAGCUUGAAAAGAACUUCUUUUUGGAUCCAGAUACGAACGAAAAGAUAUACGUGGGUAAAGAAAGAUUUCAAGGAGCUUCAAAAUUAGUCAACCUGAUAGCAGAGGCCAUAUACGAAUCUCUAUUAUUAAUACCUGAUUUAGAGAAGAGACAAGAGUGUUACGAUAAUUUAAUCUUUGUUGGAUCCACCUUCAAGAUUCCGGGGUUAAAGCAAGCAUUGUUAAUUAAGCUCACUACUGAUUACCUUGUUAGGUCACCAGGUGAAUCAACUGCAAACGAUGACACAACGGCUAUCAAUUCGGCUAUAGUUGCAUACCAACAGGCAGAGGAGCUUAAUGAGUCAAACGGUGAAUCGAAUUUCAUAUUAUCCCAAGUUCCAACAGCUAUUAGGACUGCAAAACACCCAGAUUACUUUCCUGAGUGGAAACAACCAAAAGAAAAAGGUGGUUCAUGGGAGGAUGUCUACUUUUUGGGUGCCGAAAUAUACGCCAAACAAAUAUUUGGUGGGAAUUCGAACCAAGGUGGUGAAUUAUUUUUGGAUGCCGAUGGAUAUGAAGAAAGAGGACCUCAAGGGAUUUGGGACGCAACUAUCUAA